AUGGCGCCUUCGAGAACAAAAACAGUCAAAAAUAAGCAUGCCGCGAAUAAAUCCGGUAUAAGUUCCAGUAAAUCGUCAAAAGGAGGUCCGUCAGAUGGCAUCGUCAAGUCAAAACGGAAGGGACCGGUGCUUUCGAAGCAAGUAAGAGGGAAAAACACACCUGACCUACUGAGGAAGAAAAAGAAGAGGGUCUACUCAGAGAAGGAAUUGGGUAUUCCAGAAUUGAAUAUGGUGACCCCGGUCGGAGUUACAAAACCUAAAGGGAAGAAGAAGGGCAAAGUCUUCGUAGACGACAAGGAAAGCAUGAAUACGAUUCUAGCCAUGGUUCAGGCCGACAAGGAUGGAGAGAUCGAAUCCAAGAUGAUCAAGGCCCGGCAGAUGGAAGAAAUACGCGAGGCGAGAAGGGUCGAAGCGGAGAAGAAAGAGGAUGAGAAAAAGGCAAAGCUCGACGAGACCAAGGACUCGCUGAGGAGAAAGAGGAAGAGGACUAAGCAGCCUAAUGAGAACGACGACGGCGAUAGAAUCAAGGAAGUCGCAUCUGCUGGGACCAAGGCCACCAAACCCAAGAAGAAGAGGGUAUCGUUCGCCUAG